GGUCAAAGAAACCAUUCAUUUCACACAACCUUCUAAGAAAUUACGCCACCCAAUCAAAACUCAAACCACCUUAAUCCUUGUUCAUUACAUUUACGUACAUGAACAUUCAACCUCUCUUUAUAUAUUAACCUUCCAUUUCUCAUUAUCAAAACUUUUUCCAAAUCCAAAAAAAAAAACUUAUGGCGUCUUCAUCUAGUAAUUUAAAUACCAAUAAUAAUAUUAAUAAUGGUUUGAACUCAUUCAACCAUUUUUCCUUCUCAACUCAACCUUUCAUGACGACCAGUUCUUUCUCUGACCUUUUAGCUUCCCCUCUUGAUGAGAAUGAGAACAAUAACAACAACAACAACUUAAGAAAUGAUUAUGGUGUUCCUAAGUUCAAGUCUACACCACCUCCUUCUUUGCCUUUGUCACCACCUUUGGUUUCUCCUUCUUCCUAUUUUUCAGUUCCUCCUGGUUUGAGUCCGGCUGAACUACUUGAUUCGCCUGUUUUGUUGAACUCUAACAAUGUUUUGCCGUCUCCUACAACUGGUGCUUUUGCUGCUCAUAGCUACAAUUGGAAGAACAAUUCUGAGGGGAAUCAACAACUUGCAAAUUUCUCUUUUCAGACCCAACAACAUCAUGCUGUUUCUGCAUCCAACACAUCUUUUCAAUCAUCAAACGUUGGAAUUCAACAACAACAGCCAUGGAGUUAUCAAGAAAGCACAAAACAAGAAGGCUAUUCAUCUGGAAACAACAUGAUGCAAGGUGAAAACAACAACACUUCUAUGCAGAUUUAUUCUCCGGAGUUUGCUAAUGUUCAAAUGAACACCACCAUGAUGAACAACAAUGGAGUUCAAUCUGAUUACAACAAUUACCAAGCAGUACCACUGCAACAAGUUCAAACCUUGAGUAAGAAAUCAGACGACGGAUACAAUUGGAGAAAGUACGGACAAAAACAAGUGAAAGGAAGUGAGAAUCCGAGAAGCUAUUACAAAUGCACGUACCCGAAUUGUCCAACGAAGAAGAAAGUUGAGAGAUCCGUCGAGGGACAGAUUACUGAGAUCGUUUAUAAGGGUACUCAUAAUCAUCCUAAGCCUCAAUCUACUAGGAAAAACUCGUCGAAUGCUCUUGUGAUUGUUCCUGCUAAUCCAAAUGGCAAUGAAAUCAUUGAUCAGUCAUAUGGAUCAUAUGGUAAUGGACAAAUGGAUUCUGGUGCUACUCCUGAGAAUUCAUCAAUAUCAAUCGGCGGAGAUGAUGAUUUUGAACAGAGUUCUCAUCAAAAGACUAGAUCUGGCGGCGGUGAUGAAUAUGAUGAUGAGGAGCCUGAUACUAAAAGAUGGAAAAAUGAAGGUGAAAAUGAGGGAAUAUCAGCACCUGGAAGCAGAACAGUGAGAGAACCUAGAGUUGUUGUUCAGACAACAAGUGACAUUGAUAUUCUGGAUGAUGGUUACAGAUGGAGGAAAUAUGGACAGAAAGUUGUUAAGGGAAAUCCAAAUCCAAGGAGCUACUACAAAUGUACACACCCAGGUUGUCCAGUGAGGAAACAUGUUGAGCGGGCAUCGCAUGAUUUGCGGGCUGUGAUCACAACAUAUGAAGGAAAGCACAACCAUGAUGUCCCUGCUGCUCGCGGAAGCGGGAGCAACUCCCUAAACCGACCAACGGCAAGCAACCCUUCAAAUCCAAACAAUGCUGCUGCUGCCUCCGUAAUGCCACUACAUAUUCAAAGGCCACAACAACCAGCACAGCAGGUCCAAUCCCGUCCUUUCAACUUAGACAUGCUGCAGCCUCAAGGAAGCUACGGAUUUUCAAGGUUUUUGAAUCCAAUGGAGUCUUACAUGAAUCCGCAACAACAACCGCUACAGCAUCAACAUCAGCAGCAGCAACAGCAUCAGCAUCAACAACAGCAAAUGUCUGACAAUGGUUUUUCCUCUAGAGCUAAGGAGGAACCUAAAGAUGACAUGUUUCUGGAGUCAUUGCUAUGCUGAAAGAAUUCUUUCAUUUUUAUUAGCAGGUACUAUAGCACCACCAAAAAAGAUUUUAGGAUUUUAUUUAUUUUUACAAAUAAGAAAAAACUUCAUUCCAUUGAUUUGUUGGAUUUGUUUUCCUGAAAGUUUGGUUUUUUUGUUGUAAAUUUAUACAACCAUAGGUUUGGUAUAGUAUACAUUUGACAGCUUUUAUUUUCCUAUAGUAUGCAAUUGUUUCAUUACUUUUUCAUUACAUUUGUUUCAUAUGUUACAAACAAAAUAAUACUAGAACAAUUUUCAUAUAUUAUAUGUGAAUUGAAUUUGAUA